AUGGCUACUGUUGAAAUCCCAUAUAAACCUAAAGGCACGCCAGAAAUCGAAUUUGUUGAACAUAAUGGUGCCAAUUUUAAAACUGUCACUUGGAAAGUCCCACCAUCAGUUUCUUACAAAGGUAAAAUAAUCUUUGUUCAUGGAUUUGCUGAAGAAUCAAAUAUUUAUACUGAAUUUUUCGAUAAUUUAUCUCAAAAUGGUUACGAGGUUUUCUUUUUCGAUCAAAGAGGUGCAGGUGAAACUUCUCCAGGUAAUUUAGUUGGAUUAACUAAUGAAUUUCAUGUUUUUAAUGAUUUAGAUUUCUUUAUUAAACGUAAUUUGGAUGCUAGACCGGUUAGUAAUAGCAAUGAGAAAUUCUUCUUACUUGGUCAUUCUAUGGGUGGUGCAAUCAUCUUAAAUUAUGGUAUUAGAGGGAAAUAUUUAAAUGAUAUUAGAGCCAUUGUUGCUUGUGGUCCAUUGAUUCAAUUACAUCCAAACACUCAACCCAACAUUGUUUUGAGAACUUUACAACCAGUUAUUAGUAGAUUAUUGCCAAACUUCAAAAUUGAUUCCAAAUUGAACUUUGAUUAUAUUACUUCCAACGAGAGAUGGAAGAAUUAUAUUAUAGAACAUGAUAAAAAAUUGAUUGGGUCAGUGAGACAAUUCAAUGAUAUGUUUGUUAGAGGUGAUGCAUUAUUGAAACCAGAAAAUGUUGCUAAAUUUAAAGAUGAUUUACCUUUGUUAAUCCUUCAUGGUACUAAUGAUAAUAUUAAUGAUAUUAAAGGCAGUGAACAAUUUUUCAAAUUGGUUCCUAAUGAGCUGGGCAAUAAACAUUUGGAGAAGAUUGAGAAAGGUAGACAUUCGUUAUUUAUCGAAAAUGAUGAAUUGUUUAAAUUGAUUUUUAAAAGAGUAGUAGAUUUUUUAAAUGAAAAUUAG